AUGGAGCCUCGAAAAGAUAACAUAGAGGUCGUCAUCCCUCGGCGACGACGAGCACAAGAUAAUUCCAUUGGGAAGGGCCUCUCGGUGAAGAAGGCUUUCCAAUACACUCCCGUGACGACCUCGAUUCUCCCAGAGCACAUUUGCCUCCCUCUCCCACAACUUGGGCGCUCGAGUGACUCACGGCUCACUUCUCCUUCCGAACGUCAGGCGGCAUAUCGAAGCGAACUGUUCACUGCGACCGCUAAAGAACGUCUUUCGGUCUUGCUCGAUCGCAACCGCCUAUCAGAGAUCAAGUUCCCUCAAUCUCCCGUGCAAAACGAUAACUCGGCCCAGGCAGACCUGAAUCCCAUUCAAAAGAUGGUUCUCAAAAUGUCCAAGAUCGACUAUACAUACAACUCCUUGACCACCGCAUCUCAACCUACAGUCAGGAAGAAAACUCUCCAGAGGCCCAUAACCAAGCCUUCCUCUUCUACCUUUGUUGUCGACAUACCAAAGCCGCCUCCGUCCUUCAAUAAAGAUAACUAUGUCAUUGUGCUAGAUGAUCCAGAACCGGAGCACCUGAGUGUUUCUUCACGGUAUACCAAGCCUGCUGUCGCGACAACCUCUAAGAAACAGAAGGACGACCAGCUAUUAGAGAACUUUGAGAACCAACUCGCCGAGAUUUGCGAAGCUCGAGACCAGAUUGACUCCAACAACCCAGCAGACCGAGCAAACGCCACCAAUGCCAUCUUUGAUCUGCCCGAUGAUGAAGACGACACUGAACCAUAUCUUGCGCUGCGUUUACAGGAGACACUUCAAUCGAUGAUGAGUCAGCUCCUGACCUCUGGUCGGUUGCGCGAGGCCUCUCUGGAGUCUCUUCUGCGACUCCAGCGUGUAUGUGAGCCAGCGAUAGAAGCAGCGCAAACGAUCAAUCUGCGACUACCUCCGGAUCCUUCAGAUGAAGACAUGUCCGCCUGGUUGUCGAAAGUUCACAAAGCGGAAAGGGGAGCCAUUUCAGCCUGUACUCUGAUAUACACCAUCCUGGGGGCUCCUCAGAAUCAAGACCUCGUCAAUUUAGUUGCGUUACAAUGGCUACCCAAUGUGCUCGUUAAUUUAUUCGAAAACUGUCUGAUUCCGAUUGUCGAGGCCCGCCCAGAUGGACCAAGCAGCCAGCUCUUCGAUCAUUCGUCUGCACACAGUGAACCGUUGAAACGGUUGCUCGAUGUCGGUCGCAAACUUCUGGACCUUGUGACAAGAGCAUGUGUGGAAAUCAAGGAAGCCGGCCCCGUCGUUAAUGCCACCGAAUUCCUGGCGGCGAAGCUCAUUUUUGUUCAAAAUUCCUACAACGACAAAACAUCUGCACUCGGAUCUCAAGCGUACGAGCGGCUGAGAAAGCAAGCCAUGGCGGCUGUUGCCAGGAUGUACGCCGCUUUCCCUAACGAACGACCAGCAAUAUUGGAGGAGGUCUUGACGUCCUUGGAUAAGCUGCCUUCAAAUAGCAGGAGUGCCAGACAGUAUAAGCUGGGUCCUGGUAAGAAUAUCCAAUUGGUAACUGCUCUUUUCAUGCAGCUAGUGCAAGCUUCAGCCAUGCAAACAAAUGUGAAAAGAAAUCGGAAGUCGCGGCCUCAACCUCGGAAGGGAUUGAUCAAUAUUGGUGAUUCAGACGUGGACGACGAUUCAGCCAAUGAUAUGGAGAUCGACUUAAGGUCCACGGCCGAUGAAGUCGAAAAAGACCCGCUAUCAAAGCUGGGCACAAUAGCGCAGAAUCUUUUGUCUGAGGCAGCUAAGAGUGCUCAGCAUAUUGUGAUGUGGAUGGUUGACAAGGCCUCGAGUGUCACCAAGUCUGGGGAUUCGCCUUACCGCAAUAUUCUCGACUUGUUUGUCGAAGACCUCACCCUGGUGCUCCCAUCCACGGACUGGCCAGCAUCUGAAUUGCUUCUUACGGUGUUGGCGUUCCGCAUGAAAAAAAUUGCAGAGACAGACAAGUCGGCUUCUACAAAGAAUAUGGCUCUCGAAUCCUUGGGGGUCAUGGCAUCUGCAAUAUCCCAGACUCUUGCGUCUGCUCGAAGACUGCUUUCAUCGAUCACAAGAGAUGGAGAGUCCCACUCCACUCCAAUCGCUCAGGAAUUGUCGGAUUCUGUCAGGGAGCGACCUCAAUUCACUCUCGAAGCUCACGAACUUGUGUCAGCUCAUGGACCGUUCUCUAUCGUCCACUCGUAUCUGAGCCAGAAAAAAGGGGAGGGCUUGAGAACUAUAUCCGCAAAAGCAUAUUUCCUCGUGAAAUUUGCCGCUCAAAUUUAUCAGGUCGUUACACAACCACGGGACGUAGACCGAGAGGUUGAACCCGACUCGCGGCUCACGUCUACUGUUUCGGCGAUGCUACAUCAGCUAUCCGGAUCCAUUGAACAUAGUGAAGCCGCUCAGGAUUAUGUCGAGGUUACAGAUCAGGAAGCCCAGCUAGCCUAUAUGCUGAGCAUUCUCAACGGACCAUUCUGUCGAAUGUUUCCGGGCAUUGCCACCACGCUCAGUUCGUCGAUCGAGAGCGAUCAGGCUCAGGUUCGCACCCGCAGCUUGAAGAGUAUUGCGGCCAUGCUGGAGAUCGAUUCGAGUCUUCUCGAUUGGGGAACAACCUUAGCGCAUGCUGUCAUAAAAUGUGCGUCUGAUGACUCCGCCAUGGUGAGGGAUUCCGCCCUGACUCUGAUUUCCAGAUUCAUCAUGCCCAGGCCAGCACUUCAGGGGCAAGCAUUCAGGGUGCUUCUCAAUUGCAUGCUUGACUCCAAUGUCGGAGUUCAGAAAAGAGCCAUGGCUCAGCUGAAAGACGUCUACUUGAAGGAGGGGAGAUCGGCCGUAAAAGAGUCCAUUGCCGUCGCCUUCUUACACCGGGCAGCCGACCAAGAAACAUCUGUGGCGGAGCUUGCAAAAAGGAUAUUGGCCGAGAUUUGGGUUGAUCCCAAACUAGCUAUGCUGGAUUCUGCAGACGACUCUGCACGCUUGGAUGUUGAGAUCGAGGAUCUCAAAUCGCAUAUUGUCACCUGCGUCGGAAGCGAUAUGGCGCGCCUAGCACCUUUGCUGAAAGAGUUCCUGGUUUGGAAGUUGAAGGAUUCCAAACAUACGGAUCAAGUCCGAGAUCUUUGCGCCCGGAUUGUCAAGAAACUCCUCGAUGCCGCCAAUGGCUCUGAUGUGGGACCAGCAGAACUGACGACCCUGGUAGCUUUUGUUGAUGCUCGACCGGAAGCAGUGGUGCCUGCCGACUUGACCAGUCUGAAGAGCUAUCUGAGAGACUUGUCAAAGCAAGAUAACGUUCCCAAGUUCAAAUCUGUCGUGGCUAUAUUCCGUCUCGUUCUUCCACAUCUGUCCAGCACGCAAGCUCCACUGCUUCAAGAGGUUCAAAUGGAUCUUCUUAAAGCCAGUCAGAAGCUUGUGCAACGAGAAGUGGUCGAGGAGGUGAUGGCCUGUCUAGGAAGCAUCGACAGAGUACUGCAGAAUACCGUCAAGAUGGUCAAGUUCACGAUCUCUCUGAUACGGAAUGUGCUACCCACCAGGAAUCUACCGGACAAGACACCCGGGAGGGACGACGACGAUGCGAGCGAGAAUCGAAAGAGGAAUUUAUGCUUGCGGCUCCUUGGCGCCGUGGGAAAAUAUAUGGAUCUGGAACGAUGUGCAGAGGAAUUUCAACGAAGCUUCCCUGCAUACAAGGGUGGUUCAGUCGCAGGGGCGCUGGAGAGUCUCGGCCUCGUCUGUCAAGCAUGGCCGGGCCAGUUCAACAAACGGCAUAUACGGGAGACGUUAUUCGAGGUUCUGAAUAGAAUGUCUCUCGGUGGCUUGGACCAAAGCGACAUUGAUAGAAUGCAGAUCACCGUGCUUGAGAUAUUUCAAGAACUGUACGGGAAGCGGGUUACGGCCAAAGAGGACGCGAAGAAAAACGCGGACAAAGGGGAGGUUCAGGCCUUGAAAACGAUUGGCGGCGACAGCAAGACCCGCGAGAGCGACAGUGCCAUUUCGAUCAUCACCAACACGCUGGUCGACCUCCUCCUCCAUAUUGCCCUGUCCGAGACUGGUCCCAAGGCGCUGCUCGCGGCUCAAACACUGGCCAGCAUCGACCACCAAGGCAUGACACACCCGAAGCAAAGCACGUCGGCGUUUGUGGCGCUCGAGACCAGCACCGAUCCCCGAACUGCCCGCGUGGCCCGGAUUGCCCACGAGCACCUCCAUCAACAGCACGAAUCCGUCUGUGAAAGAGAGUACAUCAAUGCCGUCGUCGCCGCGUUCCAUUACCAGAGUGAGGUGUACAAGGAUCCGCAAGGAGGCAUCGUUCCGGGAUACACGGCCAAACUUGCCCCAGCUUUUGCGAUCAUCAGCACCAGUGGCUCCAAGUACGUGAAGAAGUUCAUCAGCAACUUGAUUUCGAAAAUAAACACCGAGUACUCCAAGUUGAAUGUGGCGGCCGGGGACGAGAUCCCCGAACAAGUGUUGUUUGUUCUCUUUGUGACACAGAACUUGGCAUUCUUUGAGUACAAGAAGAUGGAUGAGCUCCUGCAUACUGUGCUACAGCUGGAGCUGGCGUUUGGCAGAAACGGCAGCGAGACAGCACAGGCGAUCGAGACGCAUCUCAGCCAGGCCCCUGCCCCGCUUCUCGUCAGGGACGUCAAGAAUCUAGAUGACGAUGUGAUGGUCAUAGAGCCAAUAGCUCCGGACCCGGUCGUGGAUCCAGCCACGUUAAAAUCGCUGACGGCGGCCGCUUGUGCGAUCACACUGAUCUCCGAGGCGAGGAACUAUUUGAGGAGACAGUACGGGAUCUCACGAGAUGUCAAGAUGGCGAUGCAACAGAACAAGCAAACCAAGGAAGCCGGAAAGGAGCCGGUCAAGGUACAUGGAAUCACCGGAGACAAGUUUUGGCACAGGACCAACGCCGUUCUUGAAUCGCUCCACAGUCGGGGCGCGAUGAUUGCACGAUGCCGGGAGUUUGUUGAUCUUGUGGCUGUGGACGACGAAGUGAAGGUUGCCGAGGAGGAGGCGGCAAUCAGUGCCCUGGUGGACGUGGCGUCGGACCUCCCAGGGAGUGCACCACGCGGUCGAAAGCGCAAGAGUCUCUCUGGGUCAGUGGGAGGCACGCCCAAAAGAGCUCGAGGGCGACCAGUCAAGCACGGGAAUGCACGACGAUCAGCGAGUGUGGUGUCGUCGGGGGAGGACGACUUUGACGACGCAGAUUUCCACGGCUGA